GGCCAGUCCGUGCCGCGCCGAGCCGAGCGUGCGACCACCCUAUAUUCAGUUCACGGCCACUCUAUUACCGGACGUCUAUUUCGGCGCAUUAUAUUCUGUACGCUUGUGAGGAGCGCUCAGUUUCGCACGGGCAGGUGAGCCUUGCGAGAGAUGCGGCGCCGCAGCCGCGUGCGACCCGCGUGACCGCCGCAGGUAUGGAGCGCCGCCGCCCCGCCCGGCUGGACCAGGAACACAUGACCAAGACCGUGCGCCGGCGCGACAAGCCGCGCGAGCGAUGGCUGCUCACGAGGAAGACGUGGAAAUAUAUGGCGGAUGCCGGCCGCCGGCUCAUCCCCGACGGCGCGCAGAACCGGCAUGAAGACGUGCCCAGGAUCGAGGCAUACUUCCAGGAGGUUUGCCAGCGGGAGCCUCGCUUCUUGUUGUGGCGGAAGAGCUCGUACCCGGGUGUGUUGGCGCGGCCUCGCCGCAAGAAACGCGCUCGAGGAGGUUCCGUGAGAGCUCGAUCGCCUUCCGAUGACCUUCCUCCAGCACCUGUUCGCCCAACGGAGCUGUUAAUCCCACACACAUCAGGUGGACGCUUCGACAUCGCCAAAUUACGGCGAGACUUCUUCGCUGCUCCGCCGCCUUCACCAUCCAGUUUCAAUCCGUCCACGGCAUCAUUUAAUGCCGCUUUCAAGAAUACUAGUCAUCACGUGGAUCAUGUAGAUAGUGACGAGGUUGUUUUAGUUGAUUUAUUGCGAAAGUACCUGAAAGUUGAAGAUGAUAAAGUUCCGUCACAGUUGGAGGAAUGUGAAGAACUGUUGAGAGCAUUACGAAAUUACCUCAAGAGGCACUCCGAUCGGGGCCCUACAGAUUCUGAUGCAGAUCCUACUCAGCGAAUAUUGAGGGAGCAUCUAAGUAGAUAUUAUAGUAGAGGAACUAAUAGAGAUCAAUCUGUUCAGGAUUUAUUGAACGAUAGAAACUCGUUGAAGAAGUUGUAUCAAGACCUUCGUAAAACCAAGCCAUACAGGGGUGGAAGGGGCGGUGGAAUUCCAAGUGGAUACACGAGCAGUUUUAGUUCAUCAAGUAGUUCCCGCAUUCGUGUUAAAAGUGUUAGUGUUUAUGGUAGUGAUGAAGACCACGUACGGGCACCUCCGUUGUCACCUCCACCUCUCAUUGAAGUCCUCAGUGAAUCACAGGAAGAGAAGGAUGUGGGAACGCAAACUCUUCCGAUCCCAGAAGAAGUCUUGCAGGAGCUCGAGCGGGCUUAUAAGGAGAAGAUAGAGGCUCCGAACUCUCCCACUAGUCCGACUAGUCCUCCCCCAGAGCGUCGUCCGCGACGCAAGUCCAGCGUGGACCAUGAUGAUGUAUCGCAGUCCGUUAGCGACCACAUCAAACGGUAUUUGCGAAUGGCGCGUAAAAAAAGUGUAGAUUCGGAAAAGACUGAUCGUUUCAAACGUAUUAAUUAUGAUAAGAACUUACGGAACAUUAAGCCGCGUAUGCCCAGUGAUGUUGAUGAUGAUGGGCUGCACAAGGGUUGCCAGACGGAUGCAGGUUGGAUCUUGAGCUACAGGGACUUCCAGUUCGCGUCCGUGGCAUCCACGCCCACAUCUCCACCUUCUCCGUCUCAGUCGCAUUCGUUCUUGUCCUCGCUGCUCGGUCGCAGUUCCUCAAUGACACCUUCUGCAGGUGGUAUGCAGAAGUCACGGUCGUCCAGCAGUGUGGUGCAGCAGGUCAGCAAGAAGUUGUGGAGGACGAGGAGCAGGUCUUCAAGUCGAGCUGCGGCGUCGUGGACACCUCAGGGCAGCUGUUGCUGGGCAGACGGGUCUGGGCGCUGCGUGAGGCUCACAGACACCUCGCUGUUAACCCUCAGCGAGGUUGAAAGGAGAGCGCUCCAGCAAGCAGCCCUGGCGAGGUUACAACAGCUCAACCUGGGCACCACAAUCAAGAUACCUGAGGAUUCGACGCCUGCAGUGUCAAGCAAGCCGAAACGGAGACCCUACCUCCUUAAACGAAAGGCCUUGACUACCGGCUUUUUUGACCAGAGUCGUAAAGAUGCCGAUAAAGAAAAAGAGUCUACUGGCAGCGUGUUCGGAGUGCCCCUGACACAGUGCGUGGAGACUGAGCGAGCACUUAGGAGGCAGCUAGGAGGGUCGCGGGUCUCACUGGCCUCUCUCGGAGGUAUCGAGAAAGGAGAUGAUAGUGAAUCCUGCGACUCGGGCGAUUGGGGAUGGUCGGGGUUGGAGGAAGGAGGAGGUGGUCCGAGGGUACCAGCUCUUGUAUCCACGUGUCUAGCCCACCUGCGGCGACACGGCCUCCAUACCCUGGGUCUCUUCCGCGUCUCUUCUUCCAAGAAGAGAGUGCGACAGUUAAGAGAAGAAUGGGAGAGAGGUCAGGAAGCAGCAAUAGACGCGGCUGACAGUCCUCACGACGUCGCUACGCUUUUGAAAGAGUUCCUGCGGGAUCUUCCCGAUCCACUUCUCUGCAGGGAUCUCUACCCCGCCUUCCUACAAACUCAAAAAAUUCGGAACAGGCUAUUGCAAUGGGAAGCUCUACGGUACAUAGUUCAAUUACUCCCGGUAGCCCACCGGGAUACACUCAACGCUCUCCUUUCUUUCCUGGGACAACUGGCAUCAUAUUCAUCAGACUCGCAUAAUCAUGCUGGCCAUAAAAUGGACGCAGCUAAUCUAGCGACGAUCUUUGCUCCAAACAUCCUUCAUAAGAAUAAGCCUAAUGAAGCAGCUAGUGCUGAACAGUUAAUGGAGCGGACCGAUGUUAUCAAUGUGGUGACUCAGCUGGUGGAACGACAGUCUGAGCUAUGGACGCUGCCAGCUGAACUCCUGCAUGAGGCAUACAUCCACCUGGCUCAUACACAGCCCGCGCACCUCGACUCUUUGCUGCUGAGGAGAGCAGAAUCAGCGGCGGCAAGCGUGAACUUAGAGAAUAGCGCGCGGCGCGUGUGGGCGCGGGAUAACUUCCUUCACUCCGCUACCGCCACCGCUACCGCGACGGUCACCGCCUCCGCUAAUACUGCGCUACCUUCGUACAACAUAAACAAUGAGCGAGCUCCGGUGAGACAUCCGCGACACAGAGACGCGGUAUCUGAUACAUCCUCUGGGUCCAUGUCUUCAGCCAUGACUAUUGUUACAAGGGUCCUGGGCAGCGAGGAGUGUAGCAGCAGCGGUGUGUUGUGCUCCCCACCAGCACCAGAUUCCAACGAUUCCAGUGAUUACAAUGAGACUGGAGGUUGUUCGGAAGACGAGUGUGUGAUCACAGCAUCGCUCCACAUCCCUUCCAUUCGCCCCCGGCGGAGGUCUACGUCUGGGUCGUCAUCAUCGGCCAAGCGUGACUCGGCAGUGGGUUCUUCCCCCGCGUCCCCCGCCUCGGUUUCCUCAACAUCCUCUCCCCCCGCCAGCCCACCUCCGCGGCAGCAGGAGAGGCGGCAUGACAUUGAGAGACUUGUUGCUUUUGGAAGAGAACGCAACACUUCAGAUGCCCGAGCUGUAAUAGUGAGGCAACAUGACGAAACAACAGUUUCCCGCGCAACAAGAAUAUCGCGAACAGAAGUCGUCAAAAACGAUCAAACAAUAAAGAGUGAACAAAAUGUGAGGAGGAGUGAACAACUAAAACAAACCCAAACAAAAAGAGAUGAUGUCAGAAGAGGUGAUCAUAAUAUCAGAAGAGAAGACCAAACUGCUAGAAGAGAUGAUGAAGCUGUGAGAAGAGAUGAGAGGCGAGAAGGCACAAUGCUGUACAAGCGUGGUGAGCUUAUAUCAAGCGCGCAGUCUCCGUCCACGUGACACAAUGUAAACUUAUCUGCUUUUAUACAUAAAUAUCUAUUUAUCUUUUUAAA